AUGAACGAUGAUCCAGAAAUUCAAGAUGUUGAUGGAGAUGAUAUCGAAGGUGAUGUUCGCCCAAGUCAAAAGAGGAAGAAAAAAGGUAUUGAUCUACAUGAAUACUUUAAAAGAGGUGUGCAUGAUCCAGCCCAACCUACUAUAAAAGCUUGUAUGCAAAGUAAAGAGAUAAUACAUGAUGUGGACAUGUCUGUUGCAUUGUGGUUUUAUGACGCUUGUAUUCCAAUGAAUGCCGUGAAUUCUCCACUUUUCCAGCCUAUGAUGAAUAAGGUAGCAAGUAUGGGUCAUGGAUAUGUGGGGCCUUCAUACCAUGCUCUACGUGUUGGAUUGUUGCGUGAUGCUAAGGUGCAGAUGGAUGGAAGGACACAAGAACAAAGACCGCUAGUUAAUUUCUUAGUUUAUUGUCCUAAAGGAAUCACAUUUCUCAAUUCAGUUGAUGCUUCAGAUAUCUAUGCAAGUGCUGAGAAUUUAUGCAACUUGUUUGUUGAAGUUGUGGGUAUGGUUGGAUCAGAAAAUGUAGUUCAUUUUGUAACUGAUAGUGCACCCAACUACAAAGCUGCUGGAAAGCUUCUCGCUGAAAAGUUUCCCACCAUUGCUUGGUCUCCAUGUGCAGCUCAUUGUAUCAAUCUGAUUUUGGAAGAUUCGACUUUAAAUUGGGUCAGAAAAAGACCUGGUUGGAGAGAGAUCAUUCGACCUGGAGAAACACGUUUUGCUACAACUUUCAUUGCUCUACAAAGUCUCUAUCAACAUAAAGAAGAUCUACAAGCUUUGGUUACAAGUACAGAUGCUGAACUCAAGCAGCUUUUCAAGACGUCUAAAGCAAAGGAAGCUAAAUUGAUUAUCCUAGAUGAGCGAAUGUGGAAUGAAUGCUUGAUAAUCGUCAAGAUUAUGACUCCUAUCAUUCGAUUGUUACGCCUUUGUGAUGCUGAUGAGAAGCCUUCUUUGCCAUAUGUGUAUGAAGGGAUGUAUCGAGCAAGAUUAGGAAUUAAAACGAUGUUCAGAAAAAGAAAAUCUCUCUACCAGCCUUAUACAAACAUCAUUGAUAGAAGAUGGGAUCGUAUGUUGCGCCAUGAUCUUCAUGCUGCAGCGUACUAUUUGAACCCAGCUUUCAUGUAUGGUCAAACUUCAGUUUGUGAGAAGCCUGAAGUUUUGAGUGGGUUGAUGAGCUUAAUUGGAAAGCAAACAGAAAAGAGCAAAACAAAGCUUGUUCAAGAGCUUAGGUCUUACAGAGAACGUGAAGGCAGCUUUUCUCCUGAUAUGGCUCUUACUUGCAGCAAAACAUCUCAGCCAGAUGAAUGGUGGAGAUAUUUUGGUUAUGAUGCUCCUAAUUUGCAAAAGUUAGCAAUAAGAAUUCUUAGUCAAACUGCUUCUUCAUCUGGAUGUGAGCGUAAUUGGAGUGUGUUUGAGCGGAUUCAUACCAAGAAGAGGAAUAGAUUAGAGCAUCAACGACUUAAUGAUCUCGUCUUUGUUCACUACAAUUUACGUUUGCAACAAAGGUCAAAAAGAAAAAGAUUAUAUGAUCCUGUUGACUAUGAAUCUAUUGAUAAAACAGAGUUUUGGAUCGUUGAAGAAGAAGAAGCAGGUGAACUUGAAUAUGAUGAAUUAGAGAAUGCUCUUGCUGAGGAAUAUCCCAAAGACCAGGAAGACACAAACCCUGAAAAGUCUAAUGAUUUUGAUGAAGACUUCACUAUGCCACCUGAAGAACAUGAAGGCAAUGGUGAUAGAGACAACGAAGAUUGGUUGUUGUGA